CUGAUUUCAGAAGAACGCAGAGGAAAGAGUGUAUGAACUUGGUGAGAAGGCUGAAGCUGCUGACGCCGCUGCUCGAAGAGAUUAGGGAGCUUCAUACCUCUGUUUCAGCAGACGCAUUCAAUCACUUGGUUGAUUUGAACAAGGCCUUGUUGGCUUCAAAGAAGCUGCUCAAGACCUGCAACUCCGGCAGCAAGAUUUUUCUUGUCCUGGAGAGCGACGCUGUGAUGAGCAGAUUUCAUCAAGUCUACGACAAGAUUAACCAGGCGCUCAACGCCAUACCUUAUGAGAAGCUUGACAUCUCAGAAGAGGUUAAAGAGCAGGUCGAGCUAAUGCAUAUGCAACUUAAGCGAGCUAAAAGGAGGACAGAAACACAGGAUAUGGAGCUGGCAAUGGACAUGAUGGUCGUUUUCACUAGAAACGACGAGCGAAAUGCAGAUGAUGCUAUAAUAGAAAAACUAGCAAAGAAGCUGGAGCUGCAUACCGCCGCAGAGCUCAAAGCAGAGAGUGUGGCCGUGAGGAAGCUCGUGAAGGCGAAGGGAAAGAAUGCCACUCAGCAAGUUGUGGAUCUUCUGGCAAAAUUCAAGCAAAUUUCUGGAGUUGAUGAAAAUAGUGUUCUUGAUGAGCCUGCAUUAGUUAGAUGCCUAGAAAAGAGCAAAUCUUUGUUAAUACCAGUAUGUAUGUUAAUACCAGAAAAGAGCAAAUCUUUGUUAAUACCAGUCUGA